GAGAAGGUUGAAGACGAAGAAGAACAUAAAUAUCCUGAAAUAGAUCAUAUAGCUCCUCAACAUAGACAAUAUUUAGACCAUGGAGGUAUUGGGUCUGGAACUCCGAGUCAACGUCAGAAACAAAACCAAAAAUAUCGCGCUUUUAGAGCUAACGAAGCUGUUUUUGAGCAUAGAAUGGGAAGAUUGACAGCUCAGUAUGAAACUAGAAUAGCGACUCAGGAGAGAAAAACUAUAAAAAAGCAAACCACGAGAAAUCAGAUCGAAAGACUUGUGGAAGACUUGAUUCAAGAAUCGAUGGCCUCGGGAGAAUUUGAUAAUUUAGCUGGUAAAGGGAAACCCCUGCCUAACAGGGUAGAUUAUAACCCUUAUGCUGACUUUACAACACACAAGAUGAAUCAAAUACUCGCAGAAGGAGGAUUUGCACCGGAAUGGGUCAUGCUCAGAAAAGAUAUAAGGGAUCAAUUUACUGCUAUCAGAGGAGAAUUAAAGAAAAAAAGACAAACCCUGGGUCCUCCACCUUUAUCUCCCAAGAAAUUACAAGAAUGGGAAUUAAUUUGCAGCAGAAUUGAGAUGGACUCGGUGAGAAAUGUGAACAAGCAAAUAGACAAAUUUAAUCUAAUAGUUCCAAUCCUUCAGGGUCAAAUGUUUCAGUUCUACAUGAAGUCUGAAGCUAAGAAAAUCCUUGAAGAUUAUGAUCCUACAGAGGAUUCUAAACCUAUACCUACACCUGUAUCUGGAGAGAAACUCAAGUCAGAGAAGGGAAUACUACAGGAUAUAUUUGAGAAAAUAUUCAAAUCCUCUAGCUCAUAAACACAGAACAGAUUAUAGGAACCGAGAUCCACAAUACAAAAGUUCCCAACUCUUGUAUUGUGGAUCUAUUGUUAAUCUGCAGAAUAAUUAUCUUUAAUCGAUAUCCUCUGCAGUGUAAUUGUACCUCUGCAGGAUAACCGAAAUGAUUUAGCAUUGAUCCUUAAUUAAAAAUGCCUACAGAGAGUAUCGAGAUCAAGCUAUGAGUACCCAAUACAAAAGUUUCCAGCUCAGGAUUUUUUUUUAAAUAGCUCUUGCAGAUACUAUUACUCUCAUCAUUGUUCGAGAUUUUUCAUUCUGGCUUGGUGAAGUUUAUGAAGUUAAAAUCUUUUUUUUUGUGAUGAAUGAAGCUUUGUUUUUCAUUCUCCUUCUUAUGCAGGCCUACAGAUUAAUCGGAAUUCCUUCUCGAUAUCUCGUGGUGGUCAUAUCCUGUAGGGAUUUUUUUGGUUUAGGGAUCAAGCGUGUACCUUCAAAAAAUGUGCACAUUGAAUAUCGAGAUCAAGCGUUUAAGAUUAACGAUAAUCAACAGAAAAGUAUUGAAAAACAUUUUUAAUGAUGAUAAAGGGAACAUAAAAAUAUACCAGGAAUAAUGCAACUGCUUUAUCAGUGCAAUUCAUCUGUUUUGAAUAUUAGAAUAUUGAAUUUUUAAAUCAUCAUUGAAGCUUGAUAAAAAAUAUCCAUAUAUUUUUUUAAUUGUUAGAUAAAAUUAUUUAUUGACAUUUAGAUUUUCCAUUUUGCAAUUUGUGCGAUGCUGAAAAAAUCUUGUUAGAAACAGUAAACUUUAUUCCUGAUAAAAUAUUUGUUCGUCAAAGUGUCAUUUAAGUGCAGAAAAGGAUUUAUACGAGUUUCCGUGUUCAGCAUUAUCAUAUCAUAUUAUGCAGCACAACAAUAUUAUGUAUAUUUAGAUAUUUGCAAAUGUAUAUAUUUGUAUAACACUAUGGUUAUUUAGAAAAUACAACUUAGAAACCCAUUAUAUUCACACUGGUUUGCAAUUCAGC